UCCUCUCUGGCAUGUGCAGAUCACCACUGGAGAAGGUUUAUGCGCAUACACAUGCUCGCACUGCCAAAAGGAAGCAAAUGAUAUAGUGACAUUUAACAGAGAAAUUUACUGAGACAAGAGGCCCAAAUCUUCACCCAGUGCAUCAUCAUGAGUCUGAAACAAGCUUGCAUUUUUCUCAGGGGAGGAACGAGGAGACAGUCAAGAACUCUAACACAUGAUGAGAUUGAAGAGCUGCGUGAAGCAUUUGUAGAGUUUGAUAAGGACAAGGACGGCCUGAUAAGCUGUAAAGACUUAGGGAACCUAAUGAGGACAAUGGGUUACAUGCCAACUGAAAUGGAGCUGAUUGAACUGGGUCAAAACAUCAACAUGAACUUGGGAGGACGGGUGGACUUUGAAGACUUUGUUGAGUUGAUGACCCCCAAGCUGCUGGAUGAAACUGCAGGAAUGAUUGGGCUGAAGGAACUCAAAGAUGCUUUCAGAGAGUUUGAUAUCGACGGCGACGGCUCGAUCACGUCUGAAGAGCUGAGGCACGCUAUGAUGAAGCUGCUGGGCGAACACGCCAGCAAGCAUGAAAUCGACGCCGUGGUCAGAGAGGCGGACAACAAUGGAGAUGGCACCGUGGAUUUUGAAGAAUUUGUGAGGAUGAUGUCGCAGAAAUGAGGACAACAAAGCAAGAAGAUGAUGCUUUUUUCUAAUAUUUUAUUAACUGCUGU